CUCGCUGUCAAUCACAGAAAUCGACAACCAUGGCCGACGCUCCCGUUACCCUGCGGACGCGCAAGUUCAUCCGCAACCCUCUGCUUGCCCGGAGACAGAUGGUCGUGUAAGGCUCUCUUUCUCCUGCUUUUAUCGCUUUUUCGGUGUUUUAUCGAUUUGGGUGGUUAUUGGAAUGACAUGUGGAUAUAUUAUUCGAUAUUUUUUUCGAUGGAAAUACCGUCAAAAUUGCAAGAGGAUUCUUUAUCACAGGGGGAUGGAUGAUCAGGAAGGCAAAAUUCAUUAAACUAAUACUCCUCUCUAGUGACGUCCUCCACCCCAACCGUGCCAACGUCUCCAAGGAUGAGCUCCGCGACAAGCUCUCCGGUCUCUACAAGGCCAACAAGGACGAGGUCUCCGUCUUCGGCUUCCGCACGCAAUACGGUGGUGGCAAGAGCACCGGCUUCGCCCUGGUCUACGACUCCGCUGAGGCCCUGAAGAAGUUCGAGCCUCACCACCGUCUCGUCCGCAUCGGUGCCGCUACCAAGAUCGAGAAGGCCUCCAGACAGCAGCGCAAGCAACGAAAGAACCGUUCCAAGAAGUUCCGCGGUACCGCCAAGACCAAGGGCCCCAAGAAGAGCAAGGACUAAAUGUAAUCGCCAACGGACGCUUUCUGGCGAUAGUGCUGCUGGUGAUUAUGGGCGGGGGUUUACUGUGAUUAUAGGGAUUAGGGAAUUUGGAAAAUGGAAAUGGACAACCUUUUUUCUCGUUUCUUCGCGCAUUACGGUUUGCACUUGCACACACAAAAAA